AUGCGACUGCUUGCCUCCAUAGUAUACUCUCCACAUUCCUGGGCUGCGGCCAAACCUAUCCCCCGAACUCGCCUUCCUCAACCGUUCCGACAAAGUUCGUCUUCCACCCGCUACCUCCUCCGAACACCCGCCGCGUCUGCACACAGAGAAGUCCCAACUCCCAUCGUCUUCGUGUCAUCUAGCACCUGGGAUCCACCUUCGGCGAAAGGGAUGAGCACCGCAAGUAGUUGGUUCUCGCAGCGCGGGUUCACCUGUCUCGAACUCGACCUUGCGCGUCCCUCGGGAAACGUUUCGUCGCAAGAGCUGAUGAAACACUAUGAGAGUGAGGUGGCCUCGCAUAUCCGCCUUUUAUCCAUUCCAUUCGCCCCCGUCAUCAUCGCGCGCCGCGCCGGAGCCCUCAUCGCUCAGUCCUACAUCUCCUCAUAUCCCGCCACGGCCCUCCUUCUCAUUUCGCCUCCGCCUGCCGACGCCGUGUUGCCCAGGACGCUUCUGCCCACGCCCCUGCCGGAGUUCAACUUCGAGACCAAGUUCCCUUGUGCCGUCAUGUGCACCAAACAUGAACGACCCGCGCUCGAAGCGGCGAACAGGUUGUGGAAGGACCCCGGCGUGGACAAGAUAGUAGUGAAAGACGAUGAGGCAGUCAUGGGGCACGAAGGGUUGAUGGAAAUCGAGCAAUGGAUGGACGAGCUGGGGAUAUGA